GUUCCUGGGAAAACCCCAUAAGGCGCAAGAUAACGCAUUACGUCUGGCGUGGACAUUUGGAAUAUUGGACGGAACGGCACAGUUAUGUUUAGCUUGUAUUUUAUUCUUUGUGUUCUUGGGGUGGCCUUUUGUGCUGAUCCCCCAAAAUGCUGCAUGGAUAAACAAUUUCAAGCUACUCUUGGUGAGUCGGGGAGUUUUUACCGAGCUGGAUCGGAUGACUUCGAACCAUUAGACGGUUAUAAUUUUCUAACCUAUGAUUUCUAUGGACUACGUUUAGCGAUAGAAAGCCACAGUGCUGAUGGAAAUGGUACAACUGAGACAGCUCGAAUAAUAGAAGAUUAUGUUUCGAGAAAACAAUUUUUUAUUGCUAAUGGAAGUUGUAUCGUCAACGAUUUAACAUCAACUAUAAGACAACCAUGCAUAACACCUGAGUCUAUAUUUCAAGGCGAAUUCAAAUUGGGAUUUGGCUUCACAGAAAUCGAUGUCCAUGUAUGGAAACAUACCAACCCAAAUGGUUCCAGCACUAAAUUUACUGUUGCCAAGGAUACCUGUGUACCCCUGAUUGAAACAUCAUACGCCAUUGACGACCAAGGCACAAAAACCGAAACAGUGUACGUGUACCACAAUUUUACGCCAGGAUUGAAAAAUGUGGAUGUAUUCCAAAUUCCAUCAUAUUGUUCCAUUGGCGGUGGUCAGGUUGCUGGAUUAAUAGGGUAAUGAAUUACAUGGAAAAAAACUUUAUGAAGUUGUAAGAAUUGUUAAAUA